AUGCCUCCAGAUGAAACCAGCCUGAGCCGGCCCGACCAGCAGUCGUCCAACAGUGACCCUGAUUUGGGCUCUGACUCCAGAACCAUCAAAGAAUUAAGCACAUGCUGUUUUAACCACAGACGUGGUGAUUUGUCCCAGCUCAUAGGACCGUCACACACCCCGCCCUUCGCAUGGCUGCGUGACCUCAGACACAGGGUGGGACCUUGCUGGGCCUGGUUUCCUUGUCAUCAGUCGGGGGGGCAGCGGUCUGUCCCUCAUGGGCGAGGGAGGGCACGCAGUGGAGAGGGGGACACACGCCUGUCCACAGAGCCCCUCCCAGACCCCACGCGCUGA